GGCAUCGUCUCGCCGACGUCAACGCGGCGUGGGCGUGCGUGUUUGACGCGCACGACUCCGUCGUUUCGUCUUCAAUCGCGCGCGUCGUCGUCGUCGCGCGAGCGCGACGCGUGCGCAGCCCUCGAACGGAUAUCGUCUCGGUAUUCGCGAACGAGCGAGCGACACGUGCGUCGAUCGGCGCUGGUGAACGCGUGCGAGCUCGCGGUACGACAUGGAUGGAUUCGAGGACGAUGUUCGCGCCGGGCUACCGCCGAAACAACCGAGCGACGCCGCGAAAGACGCGAAGGCCCAUCGCUCGUGGAUCAGUCGCGUGGGGACGUGGGGGUCGGACUUGGUGAACGCCGUCGGCGAUGGAUUAAAUUAUUUGGCCGGAUACGAUGAGCUCGAGGUCACCGAGGGUGGUGAGGAAGCGCACGCGGGCGAACACACCGAAGUCGACGCGGUGGAUGACAGAAAGGCUAUGUGGGGUCAACUGAAGGAUAUGCUAGGGAGCGACAUCAUGUCAAUGUUUAGCCUUCCCACAUUCUUGAUGGAGCCCGUUUCGACGUUACAAAAAAUGGCGGAAAUCAUGCAGUACCAGCGGCUGCUCGAGGAGGCGAACGAGGAGGAAGACGCAGACGUGCGGCUGGCCAAGGUGACGGCGUUCGCCGUGGCGGUUUACAGCACGAUGGAGAGAGCGAAAAAACCAUUCAAUCCCAUCUUGGGCGAGACAUUCGAGCUUAAGAUGAACGACGGUAGCACUUAUUUGGCAGAACAAGUGAGCCACCACCCGCCAAUCGGCGCUGGGCACGUCAAGACGAAGAGUUUCACGUACGAUAUCACGAGCGCAGUGACCACAAAAUUCAUGGGUAAUUGGGUGGAUGUUUUCCCGGUCGGUCGCACCCGCAUUACGCUUCACAAGACUGGUGAGACCUUUAACAUCGUUCCGCCGUCUUCUCGAGUGAAUAACCUCAUCAUCGGCCGUAUCUGGAUUGAUACGUUCGGUGAGAUGAAGGUCAUAAAUCUCACAUCUGGCGCCGUCGCCGAGCUUGACUUCAAGGCGUGCGGUAUAAUGAGCUUUGCUCGAUACGUGUGCUCUGGCGUGAUCAAACGUCCGGAUGGCACGACCGCAUUGAACGUUUUCGGGCACUGGAACCGGGAUUUAAGUUACACGCGCGCGGGUGAGGAUGAGGAUGAGAAAGUGCAGCUCUGGCAAGUGGACGAAUGGCCAGUGCCGGCGAACAAGUACGGAUUCCCGACGUACACAAUCAAGAUGAACGAAAUGGCGAGUGCACCCGAUUAUGGGUUGUUAGCAUCAGAUUCUCGUUUGCGCCCGGAUCGCGUGGCGUUGGAUGAAGGUGAUUCCUCGGCGACUUCCUUGAAGACGCAACUCGAGGAGAAGCAACGCGCCGAGCGACGAACGCGCAAGGAGAAGGGCGAAGUGUGGACCCCGCGGUGGUUCAAGAAGGCUGAGCAUGCCGACUUACACGAGCUCGAAAAGGACGUCGGCACAGACGUUUGGGAAUUCAACGACGACUACGAUUCAAAGAAGCCGGAGGGCGUGCCGACAAAGUUCAGCCCUUGGCAGUAUCCCGAGUUAAAUUAGUC